CAGACGUCCAUUUUGUUUUUUCGUUCUUUGAAAAUUAAAGUGAGAGAGAGAGACUGAGGAGAGAGAGGGUACUAUAUAAUCUUACUAAUUUAAAUGCCGGUUCUUGCCUAAGAACAGGUCACAGUCCGGAGCAACACGGUUUCCAAGCCGGGCAAGACGAGCUAGUGGGCUGUGGAAGUCGAAAGACGUGUUGUAGUGUCUUCGGACGAAGAGUUCCCUAGUCCUAGUGCCAGACGGUAGCCUACUUUGAAGUCAAUUUUUGACAGGAUGUCCGGACAAAAUAGAAGACCUCUGAUUAUUUUCAGUAGGAGCAUGAAGUCGGCCAAGUCUCGGCGCACCGCAAGAGAUACAAGCUGCAGUUCAGAAGUUGAUUGAAGUUUGAGCAUCUAUUAUUACCUAUGGCUGCUAAAGAACCUGAACAAAUGGAGAUAAAAAAUGAAAGUGAGCAGCCCCUUGAGAAGACAAAUGAAAAUGUUUCGGACAUUGAAGAAGAUAAACCAGAAGUUAAACAAGAAACUAUUGAAGAGGAGUCCAAAACUCAAGAGAAACCUCAAUCAACACCUGGCAACUCAAUCCCACACUACCGAGUCAAAAUCAGUGGCUUGCCUCGCUUUUAUACACCUACGGACCCACUUCUAGUCGAUUUUAAAAGACUGCUUGCAAAUCUUGGACUGAACUUCAAAUACAUUCGUUCGCCCAAAAAAGGCAAUUCCUGGUUGUACAUAACUUUUUACAACCAAGCUCAUCAAGAAAGAGCUUUGAAACUGUUAAGAAAUUAUAAAUGGAAAGGUCGAACACUAAUUUGUACCUUGGUCGUCGCAGAUGUGCUCAAGCGCAAACAGGAGGACAGCGGACAAGAGGCUUCCAAGAAACCAAGACUUGACAUUCCCAUAGAGGAGCAGAUGUUGAUGUCUACCAUCCCUUACCACUCUAUCUCUUACGAGGAACAGCUGAGUAAAAAGAAUGAAGAAGCCCAAUGUUUGUUCAAAUGGCUGUCAGUUUGUAUGGAGAAGAAAACCCCAGAGUUGAUCGGGUAUAUUGAUAAGCAGAUUGCCAAGUUUAGGAAGACCCAACUGCCUUUCAAAUUGGACAUGGUCAGAGCUUCGCCAGUCAUUGAUGGUUACCGCAACAAAUAUGAAUUUAGAAUUGGGAUGGAACCUACCAGUAAGAAGGUGAUUGUUGGUUACCGAGUAGACAACCAGGAAGGGGACAACAUUGCUGUGGCAGCUCCAGAUGCUAUGAGACAUCUGCCUAAGGAGAUGUUGGAGGUAGUCAAGAUAUUUGAGCAGUUUGUGCAAGAGUCCCCACACCCUCCCCAGAUCACCAACCACGACCCUGGUGUCUGGCGGCUGCUGCUGGUGAGGACCAACAAAGCUAAGCAGCUCAUGGUGGUGGUUAUGAUCAACCCCACCACCCUGCAGCCAGGCGAGAUAGAGAUACUCAGGAAACAGCUGAUAGAUUUCUUCACCACCGGGCCUGCCAGCGGGAAAAACGUUGUGUCUCUAUACUUCCACACUGACAAUGAUGUCAAAACGCUGGGUGGAGGUCACAAGGCCAAGCGGCCGCAGGGCCAGCUAGAACUUCUGUGGGGAGAGACUCACAUCGAAGAGCAGUUGCUGGACCUCAAGCUGGAGAUCGACCCCAACUUCUACUUCCAAAAUAACACGUGGGGAGCCGAGGAGCUCUACAAGGCUGUCAAGGAGCUGGCAGGAGUAGACACUGACACUACAGUGCUGGACCUGUGUUGUGGCUCUGGUGGCAUGGGCAUGAUGUUUGCCAAAGAUUGCAAGGAAGUUAUUGGUGUGGAAGUGAUGGAUGUGAACGUAGACGAUGCCAAGAGACUGGCAGCCAAGAAUGGACUGACCAACUGUGAGUUCCUCCAAGGCUCAGUAGAUGAUUUAUUUCCGGAACUGGAAGAGAAACUUAAAGGAAAGAAAGUCGUGCCUAUCCUGGAUCCUCCACGAGCUGGCAUCAGUAAGCAGUUCAUUGCAACGAUGAGGAAGUCAACUGAAGUGAACAGAUUGAUUUAUGUUUGCACAAGCCAAUUCCCUCCAACACAAAAUCUUCUGGAUUUGGUGAGUAAAAACGAAAAGCACGGCUUCCAAGAUCUGGAUCCAUUCGUAGUUAAACGUGUGAUUCCUGUUGAUCUGCAUCCGCAUAUGCUACGAGUGGAGUUGGUUAUAGUGUGUGAGAGGUUAUCUGCUGAUAAAAUUCCUAAACCUAAACGAUCACCCAAAACAAACAAGAAUCAAAAGAACAACCAUAGCCCCAAAAGGUGGUUCAGCGCUGGGCGAUCGAGUAUGUUUCCCACAGAAGAAAUGGUCAGGAUGUACUCUGGUGGAUGUAGAAAAGUACAAGAUGUGGAUUACCAGAAGAGGGACUCCUUGUACCCCCCGCCACUGAGGGGAGCGUUGUACCAAGGUUACAAUAACAUGUAUAUGAGGGAUAAUGUUUAUGAAAAUGAAAAUGCCUAUGUAUCCCAUUACGACCCAGCUAGAUCCAUAUAUCCGUUUCAGUUUCCUGACAACAGUCAUACAAGGUUCUCCAGGUUCUCAAGAGACCUUAGGGAAACUUUGGAUGGUUACUAUCCUCCCAAACAACACACCACAAGUAAGCUCGCUUACGCAAACUCUCUUCUGGAGGAAGGUAUGAGGAUUGCCUCAGAAGUAUUGGACAUUAGACACACAAGGCUGCCUUAUCACAACAGAUGGCCCAGGAGAGGAAACAAGUACAAUAGCAAUAAAUAUAGAUAUUGAGUAUAAAACACGGUAUCUGCUCUAGCCCUAAAUGCAAUCCAACAAUAUCCUGUGUUUUUAUAUUUUAUAUUUUUUUUUGUAUUUGGUUCUUUUGUUGGUUUACCAUCACUGUUACUUUAGCCAUUAUUUUCCUUGCUAAUUAAACCACUGCUGUGGAAAACUCUAAUUAAGAAAUCAGAAAGCUUGAUUCAAUCUCUGUAGAUGAUCCAGGUAUUGUUUACAGAGAUGAUAAUAACAGAGUUUGCUCCCAUCCAAAUAAAAUUCAAUGGCAAUUCUAGGCUAUUCAGGUUCACAAUAUUUAACUGAAAAAACUUGCCUCUCAAAAUACGCCUAACUUACUUCCUUACACCUGCUAGUACAUUAUAAACCCCUCUGUGAAUUCCCUGACAAUUUCUCACGAUCGCAGUCACAUCAAUGGUCACAUCUUUCGAUUGUGGCAAAAUUGGUGAUGAUUCCCCAAUAUUGCAACAACAUUCUUGAUGAUUUCCUACAAUUGAGGGAACAUCCGUGAUGAUUUUUUCCGAUCUCAGAUAUCUGUGAUCAUAAUAUGAUAUAUUAAAUUCACAGCAAAAUUUGUAAUGAUUUCCCAAGAUCAUUAAGUACAAUCGCUGCAAAAUCUGCCAUAACUCUUCUGGUUGUGGCAACAUUCAUUUAUCUUCCCGGUGAUCAUGUAAACCCUUUUGAAUAUUUUUCACAAUCCAGGCAAUAAUUGUGGCAAUAUACCUCGAUCGUGACAACACCUGUGAUGAUUUCACACAAUCGUGACAACACCUGUGAUGAUUUCACACAAUCGUGACAACACCUGUGAUGAUUUCACACAAUCGUGACAACACCUGUGAUGAUUUCACACAAUCGUGACAACACCUGCGAUUUGUUCAAUUCCUGUGACUACUUUAGCUAUCGCUGCCACAUCUGAGAUCAUCUUGCGAUGGCGGCAAAAUUCAUAA